GCUGCUGCGCCCACCUGUGUGUUCCUGCAGAACUCUUAUCUCUCAUGGAAAAAAAUGUCUCCUUUUGUCUUUUGUCACAGGCGUGUGAGUCACAGCGGCGCAGGCUCAAUAAAAAUGCCUCGAGCAGAUCUCAAUCUGUUUAAUAAAGGCUUGUGUUUGCACAGGGAUAUUGAAGCCACCUGCUUUGUUCCUUUUCUUCUUCUUUUUAACCCCUCUUCGGCCACAGCCUUGUGUCCUCAUUAGCUGCUGUAUGUGUGACUAUAGAUUUUCCUCAUGUGUUUGACCUAAAAGCCCUUUUUCUUUGUCUCCCCUGUUGCAUGCUUUGCUUGCAGGGUGAUCUGGUGAGUAUGAAGCGAUACCCGAUGUCUCGUUGAGAGUUUGGUUUGUGUAAAAGUCCUGUUCAGUGUUUGUCAGACCUUGAAGUGGCCCAAAUAUUCUGUUUUUUUGUGUUUUUUCAUCUUAACUGGAAAAUGCUGGGAACAAACUUUCCGUUUAUUGAUGCUGGCAAAGCGUCCCCACUGGUGUCUGUUUGUUACAUGCUGUUUCAGUGUUGUGAUGCUCACACUGUCAGCUCCUCCUGUCUGUAAAAUCUAGAGUGACUGUUUGUGUUUUUCUCCUGUCAGAGUGAGAGGGAGAAGAGGGAACGUCUGGAAGCGCAGAGGGAAAAACAGAAGGAUCUCAUUUUUCAGCUGAAGACGCAGCUGGAUGAUCUUGAGCGCUUCGCCUACCAGGAGGGAAGCUACGACUCGCUGCCGCAGUCCGUCGUCAUGGAGAGACAGAAGGUCAUCAUUGACGAGUUGAUCAAAAAGUUGGAUGUAAACCUGAACGAGGACAUCGGGAACUUGUCACCUGAGGAGCUGAGGCAGAGAGUGGACGCUGCCAUCGCUCAGAUAGUGAACCCAGCCAGAGUCAAAGAGCAGCUGGUGGAGCAGCUCAAAACGCAAAUCAGGGAUCUGGAGAUGUUCAUCAACUUCAUCCAGGAUGAGGUGGGGAACCCUCUUUUGUCAGAUGGACGCAGCCAGCAGCCACGCGCAGCAGGGACCAAUACCAGAUCUCCAGGAGCAAAGAAGAAAGUGGACCCAGAGCAGGCCCAGAAGAUGCGAGAGACCGGCCUGCAGCUGAUCCAGAAGGCCCUGGCCGUGCUGCAAAUCUUCGCUGCCAGCCAAUUUGGCUGCGCGACCGGACACGUCCCCCAGAGCAUGUGGCCUCAGGAUCCGUGCGGGCAGGACUACGGACCCCUGCUGCAGCGUCUGGAGGCAGCUGUGGAGAAGGUGCGAGUUCUGGGAUCGCAUAGGCACCCAUCUGUGGAACACGUGGUCAAUUACACCAGCAGCUCCACACUGGGGGCCCGAGACGAGCUGACGACGUCUGUGAGGAAGGAGCUGGCCUUUGCUCUGAAAGACUUGUUGGCUCACGGCCUCUUUUCACCCUCUCAGACCAUGAGCGUAGUGCUGGCACCCAUCUCCUGCCUUCUGCCUCACAGACCAGUCGCACAAACCAUGCACCCAUGGGAACUCUUUGUGAAGUACUACCACUCCAAAAACGGGAAGGCCUUCGUAGAGUCACCGGCCCGCCAGCUCUCUCAGUCCUUCGGCCUGCACGUUGGGAGCGGCCCGGUAACCGUCACGCCUAAGCAGUCUCUGCUGUGGGCCAUUCACACUGUGCUGAAGGAGCAUGGACGUUACAAGCGAGGACCGGACUCGGAGUUCAAAGCUCUGGUGUGCAUGGCUCUGAACGAGCAGCGGCUCGUAUCGUGGCUCAACCUGCUGUGCAAGUCGGGCACUCUGAUACACCCGCACUAUCACUCCUGGAGUUACAUGGCGCAGACCGGCUUCGAAGGAGCCCUGCGCAUCCUGGGUCGCAUCAGCCACCUCAGGUUCAACCUCCCUGUGGAUCUGGCUGUUCGACAGCUGAAGAACAUUAAAGAUGCUUUCUGAG